UUGCUACAUUCAGUAAAGAAAUUAGCUUCUUUUCCUCCCGCCGUUCGCCUCUACAUUCGCCCAGCACGAGAGAAAUGGGGCGCUGUCUCUGUCUGCGAAUGUAGGGGCGAAGGCGAACCGAGGCGAAGGGAGAGCUAACGGCGAGCUAACAGGGAGAGGGCGCGAAGCGAAUUGCCACCAAUUUCCUUACUGGCUAUGGCAUGGCAUCUGAAUUCUCGACUGCAAACUUUCCAGAAUCUGAAAAACCUUAUCAAGGGACCAAAUAUAGAAAAACAACUACUUGUGCUUUCCUCUCUGCUCUCAAGAAUCUUUGCACAGCUGCUGAUCAAUUUUGGGAAAGCUAUAAACAGGAAGCAAGAAAACUAGUCCAGAGUAAAACUUCUGAAGUGAAAAAAUUAUAUGAGCAGUAUAAGACAAUGACAGAAGAACUGAGAAUGAAAUGGAGAAGCACUUCAGAGAACAUUCAACGAAUUAAUGUGCCUAUUAGUUCACUGACAGAAAAUUAAUGAUUUUAGUGUUCCUUACUUUCCACCAAUAA